ACUGUUUUAAACAGAGUUUUAUUUGAAAAGUUUAGUGGAAAUAUAAAAAAAAUAGGUUGAAAAUAUGACUGAUCUCAAUCAACAAAUGAAUAACCUUUCUGUUCAAGGUGACAAUCAACAAGGCCAACAACAAGGCCAGUCUCGUUCGCAAUACGUUCCUCCUCACCUCCGUAAUAGAAGCGGUGGAUCCAGAGGUGGAUUUGGCGGUGGCGGCUAUAGUAAUAAUGGUAAUAACGGUAACCGCCGUUACAAUAACUUUGGCGGUUCAGGCUAUAAUAAUAACUACGGCGGUGGUUACCAAAACCGUCGUGGUGGAUUUAAUGGUGGCUUCGGUGGCCGUGGUGGUGGCCGUGGUGGAUUUGGAAGAAAUUUCCCAAGACCUGGUGUUGGUAGAUGGGUUGAUGGUAAACACGAACCUUCUGCUAAAGAUGAAAAAUUAGAAGUUAGUUUAUUUGGUACCGCGGAUGAUUCUGGUUUCCAAUCUUCUGGUAUUAAUUUCGAUAACUAUGAUGAUAUUCCAGUUGAAGCUUCUGGUGAUAACGUCCCUGAACCAAUUACUGCUUUCACUGCUCCUCCUUUGGAUCCUUUGUUAGUUGAAAAUGUUCAAUUAUCUAGAUUUGUUAAACCAACCCCAGUUCAAAAAUACUCGGUUCCAAUUGUUGCCGCCGGUAGAGAUUUAAUGGCUUGUGCCCAAACCGGUUCUGGUAAAACUGGUGGGUUUUUAUUCCCAGUUUUAUCUGAAUCUUAUAUGAAUGGUCCUGCUCCAAUUCCGGAAUCUACUGGUGCUUUCACUUCUCAUAAAGUUUAUCCAACUACUUUAGUUAUGGCUCCAACUAGAGAAUUGGUUUCUCAAAUUUAUGAUGAAGCAGUUAAAUUUUCUUAUAGAUCUUGGGUUCGUCCUGCUGUUGUUUAUGGUGGUGCUGAUAUCGGUGGCCAAAUCAGAAACUUAGAAAAAGGUUGUGAUUUAUUGGUUGCCACUCCAGGUCGUUUGAAAGAUUUAUUAGAAAGAGGUCGUGUUUCUUUAGCUAAUAUUAAAUAUUUGGUUUUAGAUGAAGCUGAUAGAAUGUUGGAUAUGGGUUUUGAACCUCAAAUUAGAUAUAUUGUUCAAGAUUGUGACAUGACUGAUGUUGCUGAUAGACAAACUUUGAUGUUUUCUGCUACCUUCCCAAGAGAUAUCCAAAUGUUGGCUCGUGAUUUCUUAAAAGACUAUAUCUUCUUAUCAGUUGGUCGUGUUGGUUCUACUUCAGAAAAUAUUACUCAAAAAAUCUUAUACGUCGAAGACGAUGAAAAGAAAUCAGUCUUAUUAGAUUUAUUAUCCUCUAAUGAUAAUGGUUUAACUAUAAUCUUUACCGAAACUAAAAGAAUGGCUGAUAAUUUGGCUGAUUUCUUAUAUGAUCAAGGUUUCCCAGCUACUGCUAUUCAUGGUGAUAGAUCUCAACAUGAAAGAGAAAAAGCUUUGGCUGCUUUUAAAUCCGGUGCUGCUCCUAUUUUGGUUGCUACCGCUGUUGCCGCUAGAGGUUUGGAUAUUCCAAAUGUUUCUCAUGUUGUUAAUUAUGAUUUACCUUCUGAUAUUGAUGAUUAUGUCCAUAGAAUUGGUCGUACUGGUCGUGCUGGUAAUGUCGGUAUCGCUACUGCUUUCUUGAACAGAAACAAUAAAAAUGUUGUUAAAGGUUUAGUUGAAAUUUUAUCUGAAGCUAAUCAAGAAGUUCCAGACUUUUUAACUAAUAUCGCUAGAGAAGGUUCUUUCGGUAAAGGUCCAAUGCGUGGUGGCCGUGGUGGUGGAAGAUCCGGUCCAACUAGAGAUUUCAGAAGACAAGGUGGUGGUUAUGGUUCCGGUGGUUCUAACUGGAACUCUUUUGGCUCUGGCUCUGGCUCUGGUUAUGGUAACUCUGGUUACGGCAACUCUGGUUAUAACAACCGUAGUUACGGUGGUAGCUCUCAAAGCUCAUACGGUAACGCUACUGCUGGUGGUUCCUGGUGGUAAUCUAUUAGAAAAAAGUUAACCUUUUUUUUAAAAAUCACCCCUGUUAUUUU